GUUCUUUGGAAGCAAAAAAUUGGUUAUCGCAGCUCUAAUCCACUGCGCUUUGCGUCGAGCCAAAAAGAUUGCAUCGUCACUGCGGAGCGCAUACCAAUUUGUAGUCGCAAAACAAAAAGGAAAUUCACAAUGGGCAAAAAGCGAUCAAGAGAAGAGGCCAAGGACGUGCCCCCAGCGGAGGGUGGCGCUGAUCGCAUGGAUGAGGACAGCAGCGAUGACGAGGACUUUGACAUGGUCAAUGUUGAUUUUGAGUGGUUCAAUUUCGAUCCCGAGAUAGAUUUCCAUGGCACAAAGUCGCUUCUUCGGCAGCUUUUCGAUGUCGAUGCCAACCUCUUCAACAUGUCUGCGCUUUCAGACCUUAUCCUAUCACAACCGACGAUCGGUUCAACAGUCAAGGUCGACGGCAAGGCCAACGAUGCCUACGCCAUGCUGACGGUCCUCAACACAUAUGAGCAUCGCAACAAGGAGCCCAUGAAGGAUAUUCUCAAGUAUCUCGCGGAAAAGGCACAGACCAACCCAUCAAUAUCUGCCGUCGCAGAGCUCAUCAACGCACAAAAGCCCGUUGGUCUCGUCUUCUCAGAACGACUCAUCAACAUGCCGUCCGAAAUUGCGCCUCCACUGUACACGAUGCUGGUUGAAGAGGUGGAAGACGCAUUGGAAGAUAAGGAGCCGUACGACUUCUCUUACUACCUGGUAUUCUCCAGGACGUAUCAGGAGGUUGAAUCAACCCUUGAUGUGGAAGACCGAAAGCGCAAAAAGGCCAAGGAGGAGGCUUCAACCUACCACUUCCAUCCCGAAGAUGAGAUUCUACAGAAAUACGCAGUAGCGCACGGCAGUUUCCGAUAUACAAAAGAAGACGACGCGGUGGCAGAUAGCAAGCGAGCGUUUCAAGAGCUGGGUAUCAAGACAUUUGGGCACAUGAUCCUCAUUGAGGCGGGUAAAUUCAAGGAGGCCGUCAAGGCCGUUAGUGACUAUAUAGCUGCGCCGCAGUAAAACAACAACAACCAGAAUAAUAAUGAUUUGCUUCUAUCUACUCUUCUGGUAGAAGCCUCUGCAUUAAGUACUCAACUUCCACCUCCUUGGUCAAUGGAAUGACAAAGUCCUUGUACAUGGACACUACCGCAUCCACAUUGAUCUUGACAGGCUGCUCUAUGCCUCCCAGCGUUGACGGGUCUUUGCCGUACGUCUCCGCCUUGAGGCGCAAGCGAUCGAGAACCUGCUGCUCGACGGCUCUGUUUGUAAUGGACUCGCCAAUGGCCUCUCGAUCCUCAGCUUUGAUUAGCUGCGUGUAGAGCUCAGGAUCCGACUGGAAUUUAGACUCGGCGACAAAUUUGCCAAAGUGGAUUCUCCGAGAUAGUGCCUGCAGACAAGCAAUGUCGCAAGUCGAUGUCGAGCCGUAGUU